UUUUGUUUAUUAUUAUCGCGACGGUCGUUGCGCGCUGGGUUUUAUUUUUUUAAAUAGUGUUCUUCCCUGUGGGAGACCGCAGUAGCCCAAACGUCGUAGAAUCGUCGCCUGCCCCACAAAGAACCAAUUAUUUCCUUGCGCAACCGAAGGAUAAUUUCAAAUUUCAUUUGGCAACGGUACCGGAAGGCAAUUAACAAAGACACGCAAGAGCUUGCACACUGCACACGGCUAUUAUGCAAAGUGCAGCAUUGCAGCUGGCCAAAGAUUGCAAAAAAAGAGAAAAUAAAAACAAAUGCUAAAAGUGCCUUGACAAAGCGAGAAUUCCCCUAAAAACCAGCUGAAGCUGUGAUCUCGGUUUUCGGUUCUCCGCAGAGUGGGUGGCGAAGUGGGCGGGAUGGGGGGCGGUGGCUUGCUGGACCUCUACUCCAUGGCCUGGGAGCACCUGAGACCCGGAAGCUCGCCCGUCGACUGGUGCGAGGGCAACUACUUGAUUUCGUCCAACAUCGCCGAGUUCGUGAACACGUUCAGCAAUAUCCUGUUUAUCCUCCUCCCGCCCGUGCUGAUAAUGCUGUUCAAGGAAUACGGACGCUUCGUAACGCCCGGCAUCCAUGUGAUCUGGGUGCUGCUCAUUGUGGUGGGCCUCAGUUCCAUGUAUUUCCACGCCACCCUGAGCCUAAUUGGCCAACUGCUCGAUGAACUGGCCAUUCUGUGGGUCUUCAUGGCGGCCUUUUCUUUAUUCUAUCCGAAGCGCUACUAUCCCAAGUUCGUGAAAAACGAUCGCAAAACCUUCAGUUGGCUCAUGUUAAUGUCGGCGAUCGCCGCCACGGGCUUGUCUUGGUGGAAGCCCAUUGUUAAUGCCUUUGUGCUCAUGUUCAUGAGUGUUCCGACCAUGCUAAUGCUCUACACGGAACUACAGAGAGUUAGAGACCAGAGGGUUUACCGCCUGGGAAUCCGAUCGACGACAGUCUGGGCCGUGGCCGUUUUCUGCUGGAUUAAUGACCGAGUUUUCUGCGAGGCCUGGUCGGCGAUCAAUUUUCCGUACCUGCACGGCUUCUGGCACAUCUUCAUCUUCAUAGCCGCUUACACGGUGCUGGUGCUGUUCGCCUAUUUCUACGUGGAAUCGGAGCUGCCCCAGCGACAGCCGCUCCUCAAGUACUGGCCGAAGAACGAGUUCGAGUUCGGGAUACCCUUCAUCUCGAUCAGGAACCCAGAUUCGAAAGAUUGGCUCGUCUACUGCAGCCUGUACAUGCAGGACUAUGACUACAAGCACGGCAAGAACUAAUGCAAGAUUUCGGAUGAAGGGGUUCCCCCAACGGGGAGCCUUCUCCAAGCAUAGACAAAAACACAGCGUGAUAUAAGUUAGUGUUGCAGGAGGAGGAACACUUAAAUUAAAUAUACACUACAUAGGCGUUAUAAAUGUAGCUGUCUGCCAAAUGCAGAAACCAAAUUAUGUAUAGCUGCCAUAACUAGAGCGUUACGUUAGGAAAUAUGAUUUACCUAGUUUAAUAAAUGUCAACAAAUGUACUGCGUUAAAUCCAAGCUCCUUUGUUUUAGCCUAAUAAAGAAUAUUAUUUCA